GCGGUAGAUAGAUGCAAAACAAAAAGCCGAAGCUUUCUCUUUCUGUCUGAGUUCCGAGUUAACUCAGUUACAGACCAAAAUGAGUCAGGAAUCGUUCAUAUACAGUUUCGUGGCUCGUGGAACCAUGGUGUUAGGUGAGUACACCGAGUUCACCGGGAACUUCCCCGCCAUUGCAGCUCAGUGUCUUCAGAAGCUACCUUCUUCAAACAACAAGUUUACAUAUAACUGUGACCACCACACUUUCAAUUUUCUGGUUGAAGAUGGUUAUGCUUACUGUGUUGUUGCUAAAGAAUCUGUAAGCAAGCAGAUCUCUAUUGCAUUCCUUGAACGCGUCAAAGCUGACUUUAAGAAAAGAUAUGGUGGUGGAAAAGCAGAUACAGCUAUUGCUAAAAGUCUGAAUAAGGAAUUCGGACCGAUUAUGAAAGAACACAUGAAGUAUAUCAUUGAUCAUGCCGAAGAGAUUGAAAAGCUAUUAAAAGUGAAGGCUCAGGUUUCAGAAGUUAAAAGCAUCAUGUUAGAAAAUAUAGACAAGACUAUUGAUAGAGGAGAAAAUUUAACCGUUCUUUCAGACAAAACCGAGACGUUGCGUGCACAGGCUCAAGAUUUCAGAAAGCAAGGAACGCAGGUCCGUCGCAAGAUGUGGUAUCAGAACAUGAAAAUUAAACUGGUUGUUCUCGGAAUUCUGUUGUUUCUGGUCCUGGUUAUCUGGCUCUCUAUUUGUGGUGGAUUUGAUUGUUCAAAUUAGCAAUAAUUGAAACUUUACUAAUCAGGUUCUUGGUUCAAGAGUUUAAUAACUAUAGAUUUGCCGGUAUAUUUAUAUUUUAUAAAUGAUGUUUAAAUGAGCAACUUAGAAGAAAAUCAAACCAGGAGGGUCAGUUUGUGAAUUGGGAAAAAAGUUUCCUACAUUGUUUGUUUCUGGUGGAUAAAGAUAUGAAUAUUGUUAGAAAUUGUUGAAUAGAAGGAAAGGGUUUAUCAUUGUAUCCUGUGAUGGAAUGUUUGGUCUCUAUUUAUAAAAUAUAGCAGUGUUUAAAACAAAAA